GUCUCCAUUUCUCUCUCUACUUUAAAAAAACACCACAAGAAAACCCUCUACACGAAACAGAGACUCUGCCCUUCUCUCUCUCUCUCUCUCUCCUCGCCUCUGCCAAAAAGCCAUCGUUAUCUUACAGAACCACAUCAGUCUACUCUGAAUCUCUGCAUGUGAAAGUUUGGUCAAGAAAGAGGCGAGAUCUGUGAUUACUUUUAUUACUCUCCCGUCUCUCUCUCUCUUUUAUUUCUCUUGUCCCUGUGACUGAUGAAAGUCACUCACUUCGAUGCCCACUUGCCUCCCCUGUUUCCACUCUCUCUCUCUCUAGAAACAGAGUUCUCAUCUUCACUCCACUCUGAGCACAAAGUUUGUUCCUUUAAGCUUCUCCUUUAACUCAAAGCUUCAAAGUUUCCAUCUUUUCCCCAUUUGGCUUCCCAAUUCCCCGAUUUGGAAACUUCUGAGAUUCAUGAAUUUAAAGCUGUAAUCUUUACAAGUUGAGAAGAUUUGGUUCACAAAGAUGAGAUACGAUUCGAUUUGGUUUCUGUAAAUGACGACGACGACGACAACAACGACGAGAGUUGCUUCCUCUUCCUCUACUCGGAACCGAAUCCUGAAAGACGCAAAUGGAGACAUCGGUGAGCAUCUUCGUAACCACAUCCAUUUAACAAACUGUAUCCACUUGAAGAACCAUAUGCAUCAUAAACAGAGUCCUGUCCUAACCGACCGUGCCUUGAUGAGAGACCUCAUUGUCCUCCAAAGGUCACGUUCCCUCAGAGAUCCUUCCGCUAGCCCUCCUCCUGCUUGGAACACGCCUCCUUCGAUUGUGGACUUGCUUCCUAAGAAAGGAGAGGAGAAGAGUAAGUCUAAGUCUAGUCGUAGGUUGUCUGGUUUGAGUGGGUCUUCACCCGUUGUGAACUUUGGGACUUGUAGAGUGACUCCUAGUGAUGAAGUUGGGGGUAGAGAGAGUAGUGGUAGGAGGGUGAAGAGAGAGGAGUCUAGUAGAAAGAGUUAUAGAGUUGAGGAGGAGGAGACUCAUUCAGGUUCUAAAGCUAGUGGCAGGCUUAGUAGAAUUAAUGAUGCUAUUGCUAAGACACUAUCUGAGGAUGUUGUUGGUGAUAGUGAUGAUGUUGUUUCAUCUAAUGUUCGUCCAAGGGUUAGAUAUGGUGGUGGUGGUGGUGGAAUGAGUCGGACUAAGAGACGGAAGUUUAGAGGGACUAGGAGAGCUCGAGGUAAGAGUAUAGAUAGAGAGAGAGAUACUGGUGGUGGGAAGAGUGAGAUGUCUGUUGCUUCUAACUCGGUUCCUCAAGGUGAGAAGCAUGACAAAGAAGGUAUUGGGGAACAGAACAUGACUAAGGCUUGUGGGAUUCCGUUUAACUGGUCUAGAAUCCAUCACCGAGGGAAGACAUUUCUUGAUAAAGCGGGUAGGAGUUUGUCUUGUGGUAUGUCUGAUUCAAAAGGAAGAAGAGGUGAGUCCAAUGAGAGGAAUGGUUCUGAUAUGAUGAUGAUGAGACAACAACCUGAGGAUGAUGAUUCGAGCUCUUUUAUCUGCUCUGAUGGCGGCGAGGCUCUUCCUUUGCUAGUUGAUAGUGGAGAGAAUGAAGGUUGGGUGCAUGAUUACUCAGGAGAGUUAGGGAUCUUUGCAGACAAUUUGCUUAAGAAUGAAGAAGAUUCUGAUCUUGCUUCAGAAGCAAGGUCAGGAGAGAAGAAACACAAGAAGAAGAGUCAUCGUCAUCAGCAUCAGCAUCAGCAUCAGCAUCAGAGUCUUACUGAGAGAUACACGCCUAAAACAUUCAGGGAUCUUGUAGGACAGAACCUGGUUGUACAAGCUCUUUCCAACGCAGUUGCAAGAAGGAAGCUUGGACUAUUAUAUGUCUUUCACGGUCCAAAUGGAACGGGGAAGACCUCUUGCGCUAGGAUAUUCGCAAGGGCUCUGAACUGUCACUCUUCAGAACAAACAAAGCCUUGUGGUGCUUGCGGCUCAUGUGUCUCACACGAAAUGGGUAAAAGCUGGAACAUUCGAGAAGUUGGUCCUGUAGGGAACUUCGACUUUGAGAAUUUGCUUGACGGUCACAAUGUGAUGAGUUCAUCGCAGUCCCCUCGUGUUUUCAUAUUUGAUGAUUGUGAUACUUUGUCAGCUGAUUGCUGGAGUACUCUCUCCAAAGUGGUGGACAGAGCAGCGCCACGACGUGUUGUCUUUAUCCUCGUGUGUUCUAGUCUUGAUGUUUUGCCUCAUGUGAUCAUCUCGAGAUGCCAGAAGUUCUUUUUCCCGAAGCUCAAAGACGCAGAUAUCGUCUACUCCCUGCAAUGGAUUGCUUCAAAGGAAGAGAUUGAGAUAGAGAAAGAUGCUUUGAAGCUUAUUGCUUCGAGAUCAGAUGGUUCUUUAAGAGAUGCUGAGAUGACUCUUGAACAGCUGAGUUUGUUAGGACAGAGAAUCUCUGUUCCUUUAGUUCAAGAACUGGUUGGGCUUGUUUCUGAUGAGAAGUUAGUGGACCUUCUUGAUUUAGCUUUAUCUGCAGAUACUGUAAACACUGUGAAGAACUUGAGAACCAUCAUGGAAACAAGUGUAGAACCAUUGGCUUUAAUGUCACAGCUUGCUACUGUCAUAACAGACAUUCUCGCGGGUAGCUAUGAUCUAACCAAAGAUCAGCAUAGAAGAAAGUUUUUUCGACGGCAGCCAUUAUCUAAAGAAGAUAUGGAGAAGCUGAGACAAGCUCUAAAGACUCUAUCUGAGGCAGAGAAGCAGCUGAGAGUAUCAAACGAUAAGCUGACUUGGCUCACAGCAGCGUUGCUUCAGCUAGCUCCUGACCAGAACUAUCUGCUUCAUCGUUCUUCUACUGCGGACACUAGCGUUAACCGAACACCGUUGCCGUUAGAGAACAAUGGGGGUAGAGAAAGCUCAGAUCACCAUCUGGAUCCUUCUAGCGAUGCAGCAGCAGGGGAAAGAAGCUCUGGAUUAGACAGGAAAAGAGGAGACAGUAGAAAAAACCGACCAGCUGUUGAAGAGAUUUGGUUGGAAGUUAUUGAGAAGCUUCGAGUUAAUGGUUUGAGAGAGUUUCUUUAUAAAGAAGGAAGAAUCGUCUCUCUUAGUCUCGGUUCAGCUCCUACGGUGCACUUAAUGUUCAGCUCACCGUUAACAAAAUCAACAGCUGAGAAGUUCCGUAGCCAUAUAAUGCAAGCGUUUGAGGCGGUUCUUGAGUCUCCGGUAACUAUAGAGAUCAGAUGCGAGACAAAGAGAGACUCAAGAAACAAUGGAAGCGGGAGAAGUGAGAUAGUUGAAGUCAUUGAAUCUAAUGGACAAAGAAGGCGUCAACAACAGAAGCAAGAGGAGGAGGAAAGGACAGAGAGAGUUGGUUCUUCUGCGUUGGCUAGAGCUAGAAGGAAACAUAUGGAAGCAAGUCAGAGUCAGAACCAGAGCCAAAGCAUUGUGAGAGGGAAGGUCUCAUUGGCUCAUGUGAUUCAGCAGGCUGAUGGAUGUACACUCCAAAACAGCUGGUCUAAACGCAAAGCCAUGUCUAUAGCCGAGAAGCUGGAACAAGAAAAUCUGAGGCUUGAAGCUAGAUCAAGAAGUUUGUUAUGCUGGAAAACCCCAAGAGGCACACGUCGAAAGGCAACGAGGUUGAAGGUGAGAGCAAGAAGGACAAGACCACGGGCGUUACUGAAACUCGUGUCGUGUGGGAAAUGUCUGACGACGAGAUCUCCAUCAAGAUAAAAGGUGUUUUGUUGUUUUGUUGACCAUACGCAAAUUUGUACUCUAGUCAUCAUAGUCAGUUGUAGCUUCUUUGCAAUUGUAAUAGUUCUGGAUCUUCAUGUUCUUCUUACCACAAAAAGAAUAAAAUGGAUUAGAUUUUUGUAAGUCUAUUCUUUAAGAGUUGUAAUGAAAUGGUGGAGAUGGUUUCAUUC